AUGACCGAUCUUCUCACGAAGCAGACCGUUCUGCAGCGCUCGAUCGAAAGAUCGUUGGAAAAUUACAAGAAGGUGGGGAAGGCGAACCUCACGCCCGCGAAGAUCCGUACCAGGAUCGCCUCGCUCAGAACGAACUGGUCCCAAUUCCAAGACGGGCAUGUGGCCCUCCUGAAAGCGGUGCCCGAAGCUGCGAGACAGGAGAUGGACUACUUCAAGGAGGAACGUUUCGAAGCCACUGAGGACACCUACCAGACGACCUGGGAGUACAUGUCUGAGUGUCUCGAGGAGUUGGAGCCAGUCGUGAGCACGAGCCAAAUCUUAAAUUCUACUCCAGUCAAUUCUGACGCGUCGAAUCUUGCGAUUACUAAUAUGCCGCCGAUUCGUUUACCGCCGUUCGAAGGGGAGUACGCUCAAUGGGAGAAUUUUCGCGACAGAUUUUCAGCGCUCGUGAUUAACAACAACGCGUUAAGCGAAUUCGCGCGCAUGCAUUAUUUGACGUCCAGUCUAAAGGGUCGAGCUCUUGAUUGUAUAGGGAAUCUCGCGAUAACCGCGGAUAAUUUUAAGGUUGCGUGGAGCACUUUGAAAUCGAGAUUCGAAAAUAAGCGACGGCUUCUGACCUCUCAUUUUUUGUCGUUGUUCAGUUUGUCGGCCCUCACGAAAGAGUCCGCGUCUGAAUUACAAGCGCUGUGCGAUAAAAUUAAUAUCGCAGAAGCCUCUCUGAAAAAUCUAGAUCGCUCUCCGAGCGAUUUAUGGAACGACUUUCUAGUACAUUUGCUGACUCAAAAGCUAGAUCCCGCUUCUCGAAAGGCGUGGAAUAUCAAAACAAGUGACGACGACAUUCCGCCAACCUUCGCGGAGCUAAACAAGUUUUUGUCGCAUCGCAUCCGCGCGUUGGAAGAGUGCUCCCCAAGCUCAUCUUCCAAAAUUCAAAAACCGGGAUCGUCUCGCGUUAACGUCGCGACUGUGUCCGCGACUGCGCUGUCGGCUUGUCCCUUGUGCAAGUCUCGACAUUACUUAAGUGCAUGUUCUAAAUUCAUGGCUCAAAAUCCGAAUCAAAGACGCGAAACCACCAAGAAAUUGAAGCGUUGCUUCAACUGUUUGAGUGCCUCUCAUUCUCUACAAGAAUGUGGGAGCAAAUACUCGUGCCGAACCUGUGGUAAGCGACAUCACUCGAUGUUACAUACCGAUUCGGAUUCUGAGCCCAACGCUUCGGUUUCCCAAGCAAAGGAGACCUCGACUACUGCGCCGCCAGCCAUCGUAGAGGUCAACUCCUUGCGCGCCUCCGCUCCUCCGGCUCCGCGCGCUCAGGUCCUCCUCGCCACUGCACGCGUCAAAGUGGAAGGGCCAUCCGGCCGUUGCGUUAUCGCUCGAGCCCUGAUCGACCAGGGUUCCGAGGCCACCUUCAUAUCGGAAGGUCUGGCGCAAACGUUGCGAGCUCGACGAAUUCGAAUGCCUGUUUCGAUUUCCGCGGUAGGGGGUAAUCAGAUCGGCGCGGUUCGACAUGCCGCUCGGGUGAAGUUCUUCCCCGUCGGCCCCCAAACUCCGUCGUUCUCAACGACGGCUCUAAUCCUCCCGUCGCUGACGUCCUACGCUCCCAGGCGAGUGACGGAACGAUCAGCGCUCUCUCACCUCUCUCAGUUAGAAUGGGCGGACUCGAAUCCGACGAGUUCCGAUCCCAUUCAGGUUCUCAUCGGCGCCGACCUAUACAGCGAUAUUAUUUUAGGCGGUGUUCUCAAAGGAAAGCCCGGAUAUCCCAUUGCUCAGAAUUCUAUUUUUGGGUGGAUCAUUUCCGGUCCUCUCCCUGCUGAGACGGACCGCUCAUCUCUUCAUUUAUCCGUGCAUCAUUGCGCAUCGGAAUUUUCCCUUUCUGAGGACCUUCAGAAAUUUUGGGAAAUAGAGGAGCUUCCCUCAUCUCCAAUCCUCUCGCCUCAAGACGAGCAGUGCGAGCGACACUUUAACGCCACUCAUUCUCGCGACGACGGCGGGCGAUACAUCGUUCGCUUGCCGUUCAAGACGCCACCUCCUAUCGACAUUGGACAUUCCCAGCUGUCUGCUGAUCGGUUGUUGCAAUCGCUCUUCCGCCGUUUCGCGUCUCAGCCGGAAUUAGCCACCGAGUAUCGUAAUUUCAUGCAAGAAUACGAGAGCCUCGGGCAUAUGCGGCUGGCCUCGGAUUCUCAAAAUUCGUCAUUUCAAGCGGUAUAUAUCCCGCAUCACCCAGUUCUUCGAGCUGAAAGUGCCACGACGCGCUUGCGUGUCGUUUUCAAUGCGUCGUAUCCUACGUCUAAUGGCUCCACGUUAAACGACCACUUGCUGGCUGGCCCGAAGUUGCAAACGGAAUUACCGUCAAUCCUCCUCCAGUGGCGCCAAUUCCGUUACGUCUACACUGCCGAUAUCGCCAAAAUGUUCCGGCAAAUUUUAAUCGAUGAGCGUGAUCUCGAUUACCAGCGGAUUCGAUGGCAACCGGAAUCCAGCGAAAGGCCUCGCGACUAUCACCUGCUGACUGUGACGUACGGCAUGACUUGCGCGCCGUACCUUGCAUUGCGCGUUUUGAGGUGCUUGGCCGACGACGAGGGCGAUCGGUUCCCCCUCGCCGCCUCAAUAAUCCGCAAACAGAUUUACGUCGAUGACGUGCUCUUCGGGGAUGACAAUAUCACGUCAUUACGUCAGCGUCGCGAUCAGCUGGUUUCUUUACUUCGCCGCGGAAAAUUCGAGUUGCGAAAAUGGGCCAGCAACUCGACUGCCUUGCUCGAGGACAUCGAUCCGUUGGAUCACGGAUUGGCGUGCAGCAAAUCUAUCGCGAUCGACGAAAAGGUCAAAGUUCUCGGUAUCGUCUGGAAUCCGGCGCGAGAUAUCUUUCAAUUUAAAGUCACCAGCGAUAAUGCGGUUCCGCAAAGCAAACGUGAAAUUCUUUCCGUGAUCGCGAGGCUGUACGAUCCCCUCGGGUGGGUCACUCCGGCUACGGUUUCCGCGAAGAUAAUUAUGCAACAACUGUGGCGCUUGCGAAUUGAUUGGGACGAUCCGGUCCCGGAAGAUCUUUUGACGCGGUGGCGACUUCUUUACUCAAAGCUCCCGCAUCUCAACCGCGUAUCGCUCUGCCGGUGGACAGGAGCUCGAUCGGAAUCCCGCCUCGAACUGCACGGCUUCGCCGACGCCUCGACUCACGCCUAUGCGGCGGUCGUUUACAUCAGAACGAUCUCUUCGGCUGGCGAUGUUCAAAUCUCUCUGUUAGCGGGAAAGUCUAGAGUCGCUCCGAUUUCUCCGCUCACGGUCCCUCGCCUCGAGUUAUCGGCUGCACUCAUUCUCUCUCGUUUGAUUUUAUUCGUUCGAGACUCGCUCGACCUUCACUCCGUUCCCUGUACAUGUUGGACGGAUUCUACCAUCGUCUUAACGUGGCUUCGGUCUCAUCCCUCGCGAUGGACCACCUUCGUGGCGAACCGUGUUGCAAAAAUACAAUCCAGUCUUCCGGACGUCGCGUGGCGUCAUGUGCCUACCACUCAUAACCCCGCCGACUGCGCUUCACGGGGCCUUCUCGGCGAUGAGCUAAUCGCACACAGUCUGUGGUGGAACGGUCCCCCAUGGCUUGUAUCAUCUGCCAUCGAGUGGCCAGCUGAGCCUGCCCCCAUUUCAAACGCUGUGCCGGACGAGAAGAAGGUGCUCGCGCUGCACGCCUUCACGGCUCCCGCUCGCUGGGAUCUUGCAUCGCGAUUCUCGUCAUGGCCAAAAUUGGUACGCGUCACCGCUUAUUUGUACAAGUUUUUAUUUUCAUGCAAGGGUAGGAAGCAAAGUUUUGGCUCGCCUCCGCUUCCGAACGUCGCUCUGUCGUCCGCAGGGUGCGCUCGAGCCAAGCGUUUUUGGAUUCAAUACGUUCAAGCCGAACUAUUUUCCGCUGAAAUUCAGGCUCUGCGCUCCGGUCGCAGCGUUGCUCCCAAAAGCUCGACAGCGUCGUUGAGCCCGUUCCUUGAUGACAAUGGAGUCCUCAGGGUAGGAGGGCGUCUUCGCAACGCUCCUCUCCCGUACGACGUACGCCAUCCGGUGUUACUCGCUCCUCACCCCGUCGUGCGUCUAAUCAUUUCUCACUCUCAUGAGAAAACGCUACAUGGCGGUACCCAGCUUGUGCUCAGCGCGUUGCGCAAAGAAUUUUGGAUUCUUCGUGCGCGGAGCCUGGUAAAAUCGGUAAUCCAUGCAUGUCUUCCUUGUGUGCGAGAGCGGGCCGCGAUCCCUGCUCAAUUAAUGGGAAACCUCCCAUCCGUUCGAGUGUCGACACCCUCCAGAAGCUUCGCGCACUGUGGCGUGGAUUACGCUGGACCCCUCAAUGUGCGAGCGUCCGCGGGACGCGGAAUCAAAUCGCUAAAGGCGUACGUGGCUCUGUUUAUAUGCCUAUCUUCUCGAGCCAUCCACCUCGAACUGGUCGGGGAUUAUUCCACCGCCGCCUUUCUCAGCGCGUUUAAUCGCUUCUGCUCGCGCCGAGGACUCCCGCAGUCCAUGUUUUCGGACAACGGGACCACGUUUGUAGGUGCUGAUCGAGAGCUCGCGUCCGCCUACCGAUCCGCUCUCCAGGAUCCCGCGUUUUUAAACCACACGGCCAAUGAUAACAUCGCGUGGCACUUCAUUCCACCUUCCGCGCCUCACUUCGGUGGUCUAUGGGAGGCCGGCGUCAAAAGCGUCAAGCAUCACUUGCACCGCGUUUUGGGCGCCCACACGCUCUCCUUUGAGGAAAUGACAACUCUCCUCUGUCAGAUCGAGGCGUGUCUCAAUUCCCGUCCGAUUGCGCCUCUGUCUGAUUCGUUCGACGACUACCAGUUUCUUACGCCUGGUCAUUUUCUGAUCGGCCAGUCCAUCGCCGUCGCCCCUGAGCCAUCCAUCCUGGAUCUCCAGGAGAAUCGCCUCUCGCGCUGGCAAAUGGUACGCCAAAUAUCGGAACGCUUCUGGAAAUUGUGGUCUGACGACUACGUUAACACCCUCCAACAAAGAAGCAAAUGGCGCAAGCCGAUGCCGGCCGUUGUCACGGGAAAACUCGUGCUCUUGCGAAAUCCGCUUCUGCCUCCGUGCAAAUGGGAGCUCGGACGUAUAAUCCGACUACACCCUGGGCCUGACGGUCUCACCCGAGUGGUCACCGUUCGGACUGCCGCUUCGGAGUACGUUCGUCCGAUAGGAAAAAUUUGCAUCCUACCGGUCGAUGCUUCUAAGGACUGCGUCGGGUGA